AUGUUUGUUGGAGCAGGGCUGAGCCCCUUCAGGAACUGAGUUUGACACCUCUGGUGUAAGGUGUUCAAUUCUUAAAAUAUUUUUUCUCUCUAAUCAGGUUUUUCAAAUUUGCCUGCUCUUUAUUCUAAACCCUAUAUCUUUAUCUCUAUUUUCAUCUUUAUUUGUUUUAUUUGACCAUCUCUCCAGUUCUCUUAAUAGUUCCUAAAAAUCCUCUUUAUUGUAACAGUUUGUCCAUCUGUUGUUUGUUUUUGUGUAUUUCUUGUCUAGUCAUGACAAGGCCCAAAUUCAGGUCCUGCCCUUCUUGCCAGACUCCCAAUCAGGCAAGCAGGAAAUUGUAUUCUGUGUCAAGUAUUAAGUCAUGAUGGCAAUGGCAGAAACUGUAGCAGUACCUCUGGCCUUACCUUAUAUUGACGAUCGAUUGUAUACAGUUCAAGAGUAAUGUGUCUUCUAAAAUAAUCUUAAUGAAACAGGUUACGGCUCAUUUUCUUGCAUUGUUUUUCAUUAAAUGAAAUUUCUUUAACAGUACUGAUGUUUCUAAUACUUCAGUGGGUGUAACUAACUAAUGUGUGUAAUAACUAAUGCAGUGGAAUAACCGCUUUUGUUCAUUUCAGGUGCAGAAACUUGAGGCUGUCGGAUACAAGCCAAUUUUAUUUAUUGGGAAACAGGACAAAAGGGCUUCAAAUAAGUGGGUGGCAGAUAUUAUCACACAUCUGCACCCCACUCCUGUCACCAAAUUUUUUUUGGAGAAGAUGCGGACGGCUUAUGAGUAUCUUAACAAAAGCAACCUCCACAGCACAGCAGCCGGAGAGCGUCACCGCGGAGCAGCCGGAGAGCCUCACCAAGCAGUCUGAAACUGUAUUUGUUCUCAAUCUUGUUCCUGUGUCUUUCUCACUCUCUCCAACCUCUCUCUCCCCUUCCUCUGCUACUUCUACAACUGUUCUUCCUUCACUUUCUUCCCCUCCUCCACCUCCACUGCGGCAGAGGAAAAGAAGGUUAAACACCUUUACCGCGUCACACUCUACCACCCCUGUCUCUCCUCCAUAUCCAUCUGCCUCUUCCAUUUCCAAGCCUUUGAGUCAGGAGGUGCCACUGGUUAAGAACAGAAGAAAAGGUUGUCGAAAAUGUAGUAGGCAGAAGGUUUUCCUUUUUGAUAAAAUAACUGGGGAACGAAUAAAUGAGGGGAAAGCUGAAUUGAAAGUUCACUGGUUGCCUUGCACUGAGUGGUAA